AUGAACUCUGAUGAAGACAAACUGUGUAAAGCUCAGUGCGGCCUGUCUCGUGUACAGACAGGAGAGUUCGACUGGGACGAGAAGACUCAAGGGCUGAUACUCGGAGCCUUCUACUAUGGGUAUGUCGUGACGCAGAUUCCGGGUGGCUGGCUGGCCGGGAGAAUCGGAGGUAGACGACUGUUUGGGUACGGGCUACUGUGCACCUCCGUGCUAACCUUGGUGACCCCGUUGGCUGCUCGCGCUGGUGUUGGUGUCGUGGUGGCCGUGCGUGUGCUGGAGGGCAUCGGGGAGGCUGUAGCCUUUCCUGCCAUGCACUCCAUGUGGGGAGUGUGGUCGCCGGUCUAUGAACGCAGCAAAUUAGUUGCCUUCAGCUACGGAGGUGCGCAGGUAGGCACGGUGUUCGCCUUGCCGAUUUCUGGCAUUUUAUGUCAAGACGGAUUUGCUGGUGGAUGGCCUUCCGUCUUCUACGUGUUUGGUGCCCUGGGCUGUCUGUGGUUUAUAGGAUGGAUGUUUUUGAUCAGCGAGACACCAGCCACACAUCCCCGCAUCUCGGAUAAAGAGCGGCGCUACAUUGAAAGCAACCUGGGCGCCAAGGCGGAAACUGUAAACAUUCCAUGGAAGAGCAUCUUCACCUGCAAGGCUUUAUGGGGCACAGCAGCAGGGCACUUCGCUUUCAACUGGGGCUCCUUCAGCAUGCUGACCUGUCUGCCCACCUACAUGAAAAAUAUCCUUCAUUACGACGUUAAAGAAGAAGGUUUCUUAUCGGCUUUGCCAUCCGUUAUGCUGUGGGUGACUCAAAUCUUUGCUGGAUACUUAGCCGACUACCUUCGCGGUAAUGGCUACCUGACUACAGUAGUCACCCGCAAGAUCUUCUACCCUUUAGGCGCAGUGAUUGCCAUGGGUCUGUUGAUUGGCACGUGCUUCGUAGGGUGUAACCACACGCUGGCCGUCAUCCUGCUCACGCUGGCUGUGGGAUUUUCGGGAUUUAGUACUGCAGGCCACAACCCCAACCAUCUGGACAUAGCCCCACGAUUUGCAGGUCUUCUGUAUGGAAUCACCAAUACAAUCGCUAGCGUACCUGGAUUUCUCGGUCCUGAAAUUGUCGGGGUUCUGACAAACAAUAAUCAAACCUCGGGGCAGUGGCACAUCUUCUUCUUCCUGACGGCUGCUGUCUAUGGUGCCGGCGCCCUGCUCUUCUGUCUGCUCGCUGAAGGGGAGGAGCAGGAGUGGGCACGUGCCCCACCCAGCGCCACCUCUGCUGCCACGCAAGAGAAGGAAGUGGCGUUAGAUGAGACCACAGCGACGUCACAGGAGAAGACAGUGUCGUCAGAGGAGAAGACAGUGACGUCACAUGAGAAGAACACUCGUCUGUAGCUGAAAUGUCUCGAUCCUUCUCCGCCAUUGAGAGGACAGAAAUGGACAAGG